AACUUGACGGUAAAAGAUUUCCACACAUCAGCUGAUCGACAGAACUUGUACCGGUACAUACCUAGAACAGGUAUGUCUGAACUUGGAAAAGCUGAUUUUGGAUUGACCACAUUUUUUGCACGUAGUCAUCCAAAUGACAAGUGUGGAGCCAAUGGACUACCUUUGACACCAAAUUCUAUAAAAAUUUUGGGAAGAUUUGAGCACUUGAAAACCAUCAGCCAUGAAAAUGUUUGCAAAUACUUAGACAUUCAAAGAGGCAAACAUGAACGACUAUUGGUUGUCACAGAACAUUACCAGCAAUGUCUGAAGAAUGUUGCCAAGUCAGGCAAAUAUACUUGUGAGGAGAAUCUGGUGUCAUUGGCAUAUGGGAUUGUCAAGGGACUGACCUAUCUUAAUAAAAACCGAAUCACACACAGAAAUCUGUCUCAGGAGAAUAUCUUAUUCAAUGCCAAGGGGCAGGUAAAGCUGUCGGAGUAUGGGUUGUAUUACAUGACAGAUUAUGGGGCAGAUGUGGCGUUUCCUAUAGGACACCCUCAGUACCUAUCCCCCGAGGUGCUGUGUGAGUUCCCUAUUCAGUAUGAUGAACAUUCAGAGUCUGAACCCACUGUACUAACCCCCUCAGGACCAAAGUCCGAUGUCUGGUCACUAGGCCUGAUUCUGAUCGAGGUGUUCACAGGAGAAGAAUUUUGGGGUGAUCUUACCAUGCCUCAGACUUUUUUCAAAAUUUUAAGCUUCAUCAACUCAGAUAUUCACCCCUUAGACACAAUUUGCAAAGAUCUGAAUGUGGAGAGCCAUAUCAAGUCCCUUUCACGAGAUUUUAUUGACUUUCUGAGACAAUGUUUAGCUGCUUCACCAGUAGACAGAUCAAACCCAGCAAAAUUAAUGGAACACUCCCUGUUUAGAGACUUAAGACAGAGUGAUGUAAAAACGAAAAAUGGAUACAGACCAUUUUCAUCAGAUCUACGCAGCCUGGACUUAGAACUGCCUGUACUAGGACAAAAUGGGUACAAUAUAAAAGAUUAUAAUGAGGACCACCUGUCUUUGAGGUCUAUGGAAGAGGUGUACUACUUAUGGCGACUAGCAGGAGGGGAAUUGUUUGGUGCACUGAAGAAGGAGGGAUUGGUCAAAACUAAGCCCCCCAUCCAUCUCUUGCCAUAUUAUUCAACACUGGAUGGUGAAGUUUUUGGUCAGAGGAGAGACCAGGCAGAAUUGUUAGAUGGGACCAUCAUAAUUCUGUCUCAGGAACAACUCAGGAAGAGAUUAAGUGAAAUAGAAGAAACAGCAUAUUAUCCCCUGCUGGAAGAUGAAAAUAGCCAGGUUUCACCGACCCUCCCAUCAUCUCCUAACAACUCUGAAAUUUCUGAGACAGCUAACCUACCUCUAGUCAUCAGAGAAAGAGAUGUGGAAUAUCAGUUUCACAGAAUUAUCCUAUAUGAGAGAUUGAUAAAAGGAUAUCCUUACAAGAAAAAUCACAUCCUGAAGGAGGCCAGAGUGGACAUUCCCCCUCUGGUUAGAGCCCAUGUCUGGGUGGCUCUUCUGGAGGUGGAGGGUGAUAUAUACUCUAGAUAUGAUGCGAUAGAUAAGGAGACCCCCACCACCACUGAUAGACAGAUAGAGGUAGACAUACCCCGUUGUCAUCAAUAUCAUGAACUUCUGUCAUCUCCUACUGCCCAUUCCAAGUUCAAGAGGGUCCUCAAAGCGUGGGUGGUCAGUCACCCUCAGUAUGUAUACUGGCAGGGUCUCGACUCCCUCUCAGCCCCCUUCCUGGCCCUCAACUUCAACAAUGAAGCACUGGCUUACACCUGUCUCUCGGCAUUCAUUCCAAAAUAUCUACACAAUUUCUUUUUGAAAGACAACUCUCAGGUUAUACAGGAGUACCUUGCUGUAUUCUCUCAUCUGAUCACAUUUCAUGACCCUGAACUCAGCAACCAUUUAGAUGGGAUUGGGUUUAUACCAGAUUUGUAUGCAAUCCCAUGGUUCCUCACAAUGUUUGCUCAUGCCUUUCCAAUUCAUAAACUGGUUCAUCUUUGGGAUACACUGCUACUGGGCAACUCGUCUUUCCCUCUGUGUAUAGGUGUAGCCAUACUGCAGCAGUUCAGGGACCGUCUACUUUCUUAUGGAUUCAAUGAAUGUAUUCUGUUGUUCUCAGACAUGCCAGAGAUAGACAUACAGAGAUGUGUACAAGAUUCCAUCAAGAUUUUCUGUAGCACUCCAAAAAGUGCCACAUUCCGACAGUAUGCUAGGGAACCAAAUAAACCCUCUGACAAGCCUAAUGUAUCUUAUUACUCCAAGGACUACAAUGAACAACCAAAAUCUGAACUGUCAAUGGAACCAAUUAAAGUUGAGGAGCUGAAAUCGGAAAAAUGCUGUCGAAUAUCUGCGGAGGAUUUGAUAGAGUUGGGUGAACUUUGUGGCCCGGCUUCUACCAGAAGUCCCACCAAGAGAAGAGUGAACAGCAAACCAAUGAUAAUCGUGAUUGACACUAGGAACCCUGAGGACUUUGCUAAGGGGACCAUUCCUGGAAGCAUCAACAUCCCAUUUCCUUCUGCCUUUUCUCCUGAAGGAGAUCUGAAUCCUUGUCCUGCAGUAAAUACACUGAAUCAAAAUAAAGGACUGAUCAAGGUCAUUGUAGGGAGCAGGGGAAAGAACUCUUGUAAUUUUGCUGCUGACCUUGUGCGGCUGGGAUACCAGAAGGUGUGUGUGUUACAUAAAGGCAUUGAUGUCCUGAGGUCUACAAACAUUCUGACUGUACCCCCAGCAGAUUACUUCUGAAGACAAAACACUAGGCUAAGGACCAACACACAAGGGAAAAUUCUGUCUCAUUACAUUGCAGUGACACACAUUUUAGAAUUUUUCAGAGAUAGCUCACUUUGAAAACACACUAUUAAAGAAAUUCAACAACGGAUGGACCAAAUUCAUAAAUCAAAAUUGUGCAUCAAAAGGAGGGGUUGUAAAUGUCUGAAAGGUUUCCAGUCUCUACAAACAAUACUGUGGUUUCAUCAUUAUUCGUGGAACACCAAUUUUCGUGGAUUUCGUUGUUGAGUCGAUCCACGAAAUCAAAUGUUCAUCGAAGUUUGGUGCCUCCAUUUUGAUUUAUGAUAAACCUUUAAAAAGCCUAUUAUGACUUUCGUUAAUAUAUGUGAAUACCCCCCUUUCCCCAAAGGGUGGCUUUAUAAAUGUAUUUUAUCGUUUUAAAGAAUAUUUUUUUUAAAAAUACUGUUUGAUAAUUAUCUGGCAAUUUUUAGCAAAAUAUAUUUAAAUAUUCUGCACGGAGAUAAACAAACAAAAUGUACGUAGAACCGCGGUUCAUAUACUAAUCAGAGGUAUAACACAAAAGGUGAUAAAUAAUCAGGCUUAAAUGUGUAAAUUUGUUAUUCUCAAACAACCUAACUGUCCAACACCAAUUAUCACCUACACAGUGAGAACGCAAAUUACCGUAAAAUAAAAAUUUCGGUAGAAAUAAUUAAUUACUCUCUGUUCAUAAUUGGCUUAAAAAUACAAAUUAUAAACACAAUUUUAUGCUAAUUUGACUUUGAAACAAUUUUUUUGUUAAACAUGAGAAAGCGGGUACAUGUAUGUAUGUUCGGAAGUCCUGCCAUUUCGAAGCCCUUCAAGGUUUGUUUGUCGUCCAUUUUGCAUGUUUAAGCGUUGCGUCGUAUCCAGCGAGCGUGGAUGUGUUUGUUCAGAGAUCUGCAAACAAGGGGGUCUGGAUGUCACUGUCGAGUCCAAAAACAACACGCUGUGCAUGUGAAAAAAGUCCCUAACACCACUUUGUAAAUUUAAGUACUUAAUUAUUUUUGUUACUUUUUAAUGCCCUGGUGCCAACUUAAUUAUCGUCCGUAUGUGCACCUAAAAGAUAAAAUCCAAAUUGUCUUAAUAUUUUAAGAUACUUGCACACCUUUUAACCGAAACGUUGAUUAAAUUAAAGUCUAUUUUAAUUGAUUGUUUUUAAUAAUCUGUUUCAAUAUCAGAUAUUUAAUUUGCCAGUUGAGAUCAUAGUCUUACAAUGGAGACGGUGUUUGGAAUUCCUCACCCUUUAUUGUUAUACCAUGUACACUGCGUUGUAAACGCUUGAAGGUUCCGACUUUUAAAAUACAGAUGAGUAAAAUAAAAAGAAUAAAUUAAAGAGUUGUCACCUGUAAGUAAUUGUUUUAAAAUAUUAACAUACUCUUAACAUUGUAAAUGGCGUGAAGAUUCCCGCUGAAGCAUACAGAGAGUGAAAAAAAAUUAAAAGGUGAUUUUUUUUAUAUGAUCAUUAUCCAUGAAUUUACGUAUCCUCGAAACAGUGAUUUUUACUAAAUCCACGAAAAUUGAUGCCCAAGAAUAUUAAUGAAACCACAGUAUAUAGUUUAAUCGUGCAAUAUUGUUGUGAUUUUUGUUGAAGAUUGUUUAUUAAUUUUACUAAUAAAUAUUUAAAUAGUCA